CGAGGAGCACGGAAGCGAAACGAAAAAUAUAAGGGAGACGAGACGACGCCGCGGAAAUAUUCUAGAGCCCUCGCGAUCCCUCACGAGCUGAACCUUCUCCAACUCUCCCCACUCCCCUCAGUUUUAAUCCAGCCGGCGCGCAACCGCUGCUGCUGCAGCAUCCCGCAUCCGCAGACCGCAGUUCGGCACGGAGACCCGCCGCCAUUGCGACCCGACCCGAUUCGCGGUGCGAUUCUGAGACCACGCCGCCGAGCGAGGGGUGAGAGCGGAGCGUCCCGGCGCGCGGUGGCCUGGAGGAGACGGCCAUGGACGCCGCGGCGGCAGUGCUGAAGCGGAAGGUCGCGGAGGCGCCGGAGCCGUGGGCCCCCGCCCCCGCCACCAAAAUCCGCCGAUUCGACGCGGAGGUGCCGCCUGUCGAGUCCGGCGUGGGCGCGCCGCUUGCUGUGCCCGGCGCGGGCGUGCCGCCGCCGCAGCAGGCUUUCGGGGUGGAGGCGGCGCCGGCCGUGGACGCCACGCUGCCGUCGUUGAAGAGGAAGGGCGCGGAGGGGCCGCAGCCGUGGCUCGACGUCGACGGGGUCCCUGCACCCGCCACUAAGAUCCGGCGACUGGACGCGGAGGUGCCGCCCGUCGAGGCCGCUGUGAGCGCGCCGCUCGUCGAGCCCGGCGCGAGCGUGCCGUUCGUGGCGGAGGGGGUGCUGAUGAGCGGCGACGUGGCGCCACCGGCGGUGAACGACGAGCGGGCGAUCGUGGUGUACCAGCCCGCCGAGGCCGCGCGCAGCCUCCUGCAGGGCCCGCUCCGCCCGGCGCCUUCUCUCCACGUCAGCCCCGACUGGAUCCACGGGCUCAGGACAGGCACCAUGCUGCAGGAGGCGAGCAACUACAGGGCUCUGCUCGAGGAGCUGGCCGCCAGGGACGAGAACCUCAACCUGGCCGUGGUCCCGUGGGCGCCCGCCCAGGUCCACGCCCAUGCCGCCUCCAGGUCCGCGGCGACGGCCGACGAGAUGGUGGACGCUGAUCAGGACGGCGACGGCGCGUCCAUGGAGGUCGAGCACCAGCCCACGCCCCCCGCAGCUAGCGUCGCGCUGCAGGGUGAGGCGUUCCACCACCACCAGCAGCAGCAGCAGUGGCCGCCGCAGCACUGCGUGGCGCCGCAACAGGUGCAGCUCCCGGCGGCGAGCUACCAGCCCAGCCCGGUCACGUGGUCGUGGUGAACGGCGCGAAUCAGAGCAGGAAAGACGUGCUAGUGAAUAGCGAUUAGGAUACUUGCUCCGGUUGCUCUGCUUGAUUUUUGGGCUGUGGAAAGCGUGAGCCGCCGAGCAGAGGAUGUGAUUUUGGGAAAUCCUGCCACACGUUUUCCGCCCGAGGCGACGAUGGUGGCACUGUGCUCGCUGGCCUGCUGGGAUCUCGGCGAAGUGGCGGCGCAUUCGAUCAUCAUGUUGAUACCUCUUUCUCGUCAAGCCAACUGAUGUUUUCUUUUCAAGUUUGAAAAAGGCCUACGACCCUAUGUAA